CGCUCUUCUUAUCAAAUAUAUACAGAUAAUCGAGUAUACCUAAAAUUUAAAAGUGAUCAUAUUAUUUAUAAGCUUUGGCACCAGAUUCGGACAGAAGAAACCUGGCAACAAGGGCAUAGAUUUUAUGAGAAAAACCGUACAGAAAUUCCGUAUUUGAAAGCGAAUUAAAAUCGUCCAGAUGUUCGCUCAAAGGAGGAAGCCCAAAUUGACGGAUGAUUUCAGUGCCAUUGCGACCGCCAUGUUAACAAAGACGGCGUCGAGCAGAAGAAUUGCUAUAGGCAACGUGGGAACAAUGAGGAAACAGCACUACAGGCCCCUCAGAGAAGAAUGUGAUGUUAAAAGAUUGACCUUAGAGAACAAAGCUUUAAAAACUCAAAUAGAAUUGUUGGAAAGAAACGGUACAGCAGACAAAGACAGAAUAAGUGAACUGGAAUACGAGGUAAAUGAGUUAAAUGCCAGCAAUCUGGAGCUACAGACAAAUAUGUCCAAAGCAGACGAUAUCGUUGAUGGGACAAAUUCUGAAAUGGAGAAAAUUCAAAAGAUUGUAAGAGCGAAUAAGAUCAAACUUAACAACAUGGAGGAAGAUAACAAAGAGAAAACGCAACGUUUAGAGGAUAAGCGAAUAAAAUUGAAAAACAUGAAAGAAAGAUACGACAGUGUUGUGUCUGAAAAUGAAACUUUGAAGGCUAAAGUCGAUGAACUGGAGAGUGAUCUGAAAACUAAAAAUAAAGAAUCCAAGAAACACAUCAAAGAAAUUAAAAGACUCACUGAAACAAUUGAAACUUUACAGGAUUCUGAUAUAAGACGAUUGGUCGAUGAGAAUUUACGUUUGGAAAAUGAUAUUCAUGACAAAAUUGAAGAAAUGAACAACAUAACUAGGAACAGGGACAAACUUCAACAUAAUCGAUUUCAAAUGGGAAAACAAAUCGAGAAACUCACUCAAGAUAUAGAGGACUUCAAGUCUAAUAUAAAACGGGAAGAAAGAAGAACACAACACACGUUUGAUGUCAUAAAAACAGAGAUAAUGAAUCUGUAUUUCGUCGUUGAUGGCGAAGAUGUUGCCCUUACAAUGGCCCCCAAUCCCGAGGAAGCUGAGGAACAAGGUCUCGUUCCCUACGUUAGUGACGUCCUAUUUAAAUUGCAGCAACUUCGUGAAAAAGUAUGUGAAAGAAUAUUUGAGUCAGACUAUUCGGACUGAGUGAUGCCACUAAAACAAAACAGCUUGUUAUCCAAAUAUAAAACGAGCCCUUGAAAAUUAGCACAAUAACAUUGAAGCAAUAUUCUUCAAAAUAAACUACGAUAGUUCGUAAAGAUGGCGUUUUAAAAUGCUAAUUUAUGGAGUUGGGAAUACAAAGAACGAGGUAACCUUGGUUCAGGACGUGAUCGAUAUGAGGCCAUUUUAAAAAAAUUAUAUAGGGUUAUUGAGUUACACCGACUUAUUAAAUGCAUGUGAUCAGAAGUUUUCUUGCCAGAAGGGUCCAGGGUGUCUCCCUUUUGGUUACCAAUAACAUUGAAUGCUACAAAAACAACUUGAGUUAGGCUUUACUGUAGAGCUGUGGGAAAAGAAUUGGCUGUCUAGCUGCUGCACGAUGUAGUUCAACUUUAUAAUUUAUUUUCCCACUCAGCAUAGCGAUAAAGGCAUACGGUUCCUCAUUCAAGAUUGUAGAAGUAAAAAACUCCAAAGAUGAUGUCACCUUCUACAACAUUACAGUAAACACGAUUGAUUUAGACUUGACGAGCGUGUAAUUAAAUAGUCAUAUUCUUCGUUGCACUAUGCUCACCUCAACGAAAAAUAUAGUGUUGAGUAUAUAAAUGACUUAUUUAACCCAACCGCAUUAAUGUAAAUAAACUCGUGAAACU